GCUAUAUCCGGUUAUAACUGGUUUGACCACCACGUGUGUCAAUAGCUCAGGAAGGUAAAAGCGCGCAUUACAAAUAUUCUAAAGAAUCUUUUGAAAAGUGUGAUAAUACAGUGCCCAGUGGGAAAUCAAGUGGAUCCGAGAGAAUGGCAUCGUCUACCACAACAUGGUUACUCUUACAAUGGAUUGAAGAUCCACCACAAUGGGAUGUAAUAGAAGUGGGAAAGUGUGGUGCCGAGUUAAAGUUAAUGGCCCUUGGAAAGAAGCUUCAGUCAGCAGUCGGGAACAUCUAUGAUGUGCCUUGGAAUGGAGAGACAGCGCCAGCUAAAGUCUUGGAUUUUGGUAAAGAUAAGGCUAUGGAAGCCAAGCGUACCGAACAAGUUAAGAAUUACGAGGCUGCCAUGGAAGUUGGUAGGAAGAAUGGAAAAAGUUUGCGGUGUGCAAAUAAAAGGAUGGCUGAUGAAUUGUCAGAAAGUGAAAGCACUUCUUCAGAUGCCAAUGAGAAGAGAAAAGUCAAGAGAAAGAAGGUUAGUGAUGAAGAAAUCCUAAUUUCAACAUCAGCAAUAGAAGACACUGACAGUUCUGAAGAAAACGGUUGCCAAGGCUGCAAAAAAUUGCCAAAGCUUAAAGAAAAAUACAAGUUGGCAAAAGAAAAAAUAAACAGAUUAGAAGCUGAGAUUGAGCACUACAAGCAAGUUACAGAUGCAAGAUCUCUAGUAGACAACCUUAAAAUGCUCAUUAGGGAAAGUAAAACAAAAGAGGUUGGCCAAGCAGAGUCACAGUCUCGACAGCUUCAUCAAGUGGAGUCACCCGGUUUCUAUCAUCCUACAAUCUCCUUGGUGGCAACAAAAUAAAAAUCAUGCAUAAUUGGUAAAAAAGGGUAUUUUUUAAGGAAUGUGCCAACCUCAAAUUCUCUGUAAUACAGGAAAAGCAUUACAUCUAAAAAUGUUUGUUAUUCAAUUUCAGAACCCAAAUAUAGGACUU